AUUAUUAUUAUUUUUUUCCAUAAAAAAAUGAAAAUUUCGAAAGUUUUUGAAUCCCAUGAUUCCCAUCGGCCCAGCAUCGACAUGGUGUCUCCUCUAUAUAUCUCUCAGCUUUGGUUUUCAAAUACAUUUCUCCCUCUCUCCUCUUUGUACUCUUUUACUUCCGUUCCGUCUCCUAUCUGCUCCGGUCUUACUUCCAGAGCUGUAGUUCUCAGUUCCUCGUUCUUCCAUUCCUGCUCACAGUAGAAAAACCCUAAUUUUAAACUGAACCAAGGACUAUGACUGCGGUCCUUCCCACCUCGGCGGGAAGAGAGCUAUCCAACCCUCCCUCCGAUGGCAUUUCCAACCUUCGCUUCUCCAAUCACAGCGAUAAUCUUCUCGUUUCGUCAUGGGACAGGACUGUUCGAUUAUACGAAGCGAGCGCAAAUGUGUUGAGGGGCGAGUUUAUGCAUGCCGGUGCAGUGCUGGAUUGCUGUUUUCAUGAUGAUUCAUCGGGUUUUAGCGCCUGUGUAGAUAACACCGUCAGGAGGUUGGUAUUCAGCACAGGCAAGGAGGAUAUUUUGGGGAGGCAUGAUGCACCUGUUCGUUGUGUUGAGUACUCUUACGCAGCAGGGCAAGUCAUCACUGGUAGUUGGGAUAAAACACUGAAGUGUUGGGACCCAAGAGGUGCAAGUGGGCAAGAGCGUACACUUGUUGGAACAUAUCCACAACCUGAGCGUGUUUAUUCCCUUUCUCUUGUUGGUAAUCGUUUAGUGGUAGCAACUGCAGGAAGACAUGUAAAUGUCUAUGAUCUGCGGAAUAUGUCUCAACCAGAGCAAAAGAGGGAGUCAUCAUUGAAAUAUCAAACCAGAUGUGUACGUUGUUAUCCCAAUGGAACAGGCUUUGCUCUUAGUUCUGUGGAAGGUCGGGUUGCAAUGGAAUUUUUUGAUCUGUCUGAGGCUGGUCAAGCUAAGAAGUAUGCUUUCAAGUGCCAUCGAAAAUCAGAGGCUGGAAGAGAUACGGUAUAUCCUGUUAAUGCAAUUGCGUUUCACCCUGUGUAUGGCACAUUUGCCACGGGAGGUUGUGAUGGAUAUGUCAAUGUGUGGGAUGGCAACAACAAGAAGAGACUAUAUCAGUACACAAAAUACCCAACUAGCAUUGCAGCAUUAUCCUUCAGCAGAGAUGGCCGAUUGCUAGCUGUUGCCUCCAGUUAUACAUUUGAAGAGGGAGACAAGCCGCAUGAGCCGGAUGCCAUCUAUGUCCGCAGUGUAAAUGAAGUGGAGGUUAAACCAAAGCCAAAAGUGUAUCCUGCACCCCCUCCAUAAAUCUGUAGAGAGAAAACAUGAUACCUAUUUAAUAUUAUUUUUUUCGGGUGUUUUUUUUUUUUUUUUGGAUGAUGACUUUAAAAAUUGAUGCAAGCCUUUAAUCCUCGAUAGUUAAGCCUGCCGAACUCAAGCGGGAUAACCAGUUUUCAUUCCAAGUUUUUACACUUUUCCAUUUUGGCCUUGUCAACCUGGAUUCUAUCAUGUAAGAUGAAAUGAAACGUCUAAUAUGCUUUAAUCUUGAUAGGCUGCUUGAUUUA